UGGACCUCCUCUUAUAGAGUAACUUUGACAGUUUGGUUCAGUUCGGCUGCGGGGCCGGUGCGCGAGUCCAACCCCUCCCCACAGGACUGAGACACGGCGGACACGGUCUCUCCGAACGUCCAGCUAACACUCCCCAACGAUGGGUGAUUGGAGUGCUCUGGGUCGUCUGCUGGACAAAGUCCAGGCCUAUUCUACUGCGGGUGGGAAGGUCUGGCUGUCCGUGCUCUUCAUCUUUAGGAUCCUGGUUCUGGGUACCGCAGUGGAGUCGGCCUGGGGUGACGAGCAGUCGGCUUUUAAGUGUAACACCCAGCAGCCUGGUUGUGAAAACGUCUGCUACGACAAAUCGUUCCCCAUCUCCCAUGUUCGCUUCUGGGUGCUGCAGAUCAUCUUUGUAUCAACGCCCACGCUGCUCUACCUGGCUCACGUUUUCUAUCUGCACAGGAAGGAACAGAAACUCAACAGAAAGGAGGAGGAGCUUAAAGCCGUUCAGAAUGAUGGGGGUGAUGUUGACAUCCCGCUUAGGCAAAUUGAGUUAAAAAAAAUGAAGUACGGCAUUGAGGAGCACGGAAAAGUGAAGAUGAAGGGAGGCCUCCUCAGAACUUACAUUGUGAGCAUCUUCUUCAAGUCUCUGUUUGAGGUGGGCUUCCUGUUGAUCCAGUGGUACAUCUACGGCUUCAGUCUGAACGCCGUCUACACUUGCGAGAGGGACCCGUGUCCUCACAGGGUGGACUGUUUCCUGUCGCGGCCCACAGAGAAGACCGUCUUCAUCAUCUUCAUGCUGGUGGUCUCUCUGGUCUCUCUGAUGCUCAACGUCAUCGAGCUUUUCUACGUCUUAUUCAAGAGGAUCAAAGACCGCGUAAAGGGAAAGCAGCAGCAGCAGCAGGCCGGGCUUUUCCCCGGGGGAGGAGGAACUUUGAGCCCCACCCCCAAAGAGCUGUCCACCACAAAGUACGCUUACUACAACGGCUGUUCAUCCCCAACCGCCCCCAUCUCACCCAUGUCCCCUCCAGGCUACAAGCUCGCCACAGGGGAGCGUGGAACCGGCUCCUGCCGGAAUUACAAUAAGCAAGCCAAUGAGCAGAACUGGGCCAACUACUCUACGGAGCAGAACCGGCUGGGUCAAACUGGUGCGGGAAGUACCAUUUCAAACUCCCACGCACAAGCCUUUGACUUUCCUGAUGACACCCAUGAGCACAAGAAACUCACAUCAUCAGCGGGACACGAACUGCAGCCCCUGGCGCUGAUGGACCCCAGGCCGUGCAGCCGGGCUAGCAGCAGGAUGAGCAGCAGAGCCCGACCCGAUGACCUGGAUGUCUAACGGGCCCUGGCGACCUUACCGUUCUGCCUGGCCGACAGGAUGUGAGGCUGCAGGCGGACAAUCAGGCAACACUUGAUCAGAAAGGGUCAUGAAGAAGGUGGGACUAACCUCAAUCACUGUCCUCACGAUAGAGACUGUGUGUCAGUCAGAGACAUUAAAGCUUCAGUGUAACACUUUCAAAAGGUACAACUCGCAACUAUUUUGUCUGUACUGUAACUUUGUAGUUCCAUUAGUCCAGCUUUAAAAAACACAGCAGCCAUAGGGCUGGUUCAGAACACGGAAAGCCGGUUCAUCCUUUACCCAUAAGUUUUCAAAAUCUUUAGACCACCGCCGUGGAGCUACAGCCGGCGAGGGGCAACAGAGAAGGAACAACAAACAAGGUGGAGGGCAUACAAGAGGCAGGGCCAUCUGCUCGGAUUUAGGAACCUGAGCAGAGCCGCCUCCUAUUGACACACGUCUCUUUGGUAUUUGUAGCCUGCACUAUUUAGUGAAAACACUGUACUUGGUGGGCGGUGCAUCAGACAGCUUUUGUUAACCAGAGAAACACAUUGAUAAGUCUUGUAGAGUAGGACCCCCCUCUGUCACAGAAUUGAUUUUAAAACUCAGCCCUGAUGGAGUUGGUCCUCAAAUGCUCUGAGAUCUUUGAAACCAGCCUCGUUCAACACUCUAGGUUUUGGUUUGUCAGGGUUUGUUCGUAUUCUGGCCCCCUUGAUGACUUUGCUGCCUUCUUAACCUUUAACUCCAAACUAACCUGCCGACUAACGGGGGUUUAUCUAGUUCUUAGUAAAGCUUAUAGUGUUUAUUGUUUGAACAUGCAGUAGACCCACAAACAAGCCCUGAACAACCAGGACCUGUGGUGAUAUUCCAGGGUUGUACGUCCAGAUAAUGGAUUCUGAUCCUUUACUGGUUCUACCGUUGCUACAGACAGAAGUCACCAUUUAGUCCUCUCUAGGACCUGAUUGUAAACAACUUUUUGAAACGUUCUGAGCAGCGGUUUCCCUAACCAACCAUGACCUUCAGGGAGGCACAAACCUUUGGUUGCAGUAGAAAACUGCAGUUUCAAUGAACAGGUGCCAAAUAUAGUUGGGAUACAGGACUGUAGUCCAUGCGAUACCCCUCUUGAGUUCUAACUGAGAAUUUUGUCAAAAAAACUGGAGUCGUGGUUUGGUGAAGUUUUUCUAUGCUCUUCGUUGAGUACUUGUCUUAAACAGGUCUUCAUCUCAUGUGGAAGAUCAGGAUUAUUGCCCUGAAUCUGCCAUAUAAAAAAAACAAUCGUCUUCCACCCAACCCCCUUUCGUAUUAAUUGAACACCAAACCAAACCGUUUGCCUUACAAUCGCAGCCGACUAUACAGUGGAUUCCUGAGAGACUUUGAAUCUGUGUGAUGACGUGCUUUUGUUUCACGACUUUCUUGUUCCGUGCGUCACCGUCACCUAGCGCUCGGAUCAAGCUCGGAUUGAGCUCGUCUCUUGAGGCGAACAGGAACUCUGAAUGUUGAGUAUUGUAGGGUUUGUUUAACCGCUGCUGCCUGACACAUAGAGACGUAGUACUGUAACUGUAACUAGCUGUCCAGAUGAAAUGUGAGUUUGUAGACUAAUUUUUAGUGGUGUGUGUUAACGUCUGCCCUGGUAGCUCCACAGCUGUCCCUCCCCUCCCGUCCUCAUCUUGACCUGUUCAUCAUGUUGUCGGUACUCAUGUUUUGGAUGUUUGCACUGAGAUCUUGGUGUUAGAAGAUGUUUUCUGAAGCACGAGUUUUCUUACAGACAUGUUACUAAUUUAUUGUACAACACAAAAGUCAGCCACACACGAUGUCAAUCACCUGGUUUCACAGGGAGCUGUGGCGCACACCAGUGACAGAACCGGACCAGUGGUCUGUCGCGCGGUGCUGACCCACGAGGAUCCACUGUUGUACAGUGAAAGUGCCUGAUAAUAAAAGACAGAGUCGCUCUUUGUAUCUGUGAAAUGCUUCUCUAACCAAUAAAGUUUUCUUUCUUAAAUCCUGA